GUAGCGCGUACGUUUCCUGUCACUGCAGUCGUUUGUUAUUUCGGUGGGUUUGUUUUUGUUAAACAGCGCCUCUUUGUGGACAAAAGGAGACUCUAAAACUGUGACAGUGAAGUAAAUCUUGGACGUUUAUUCCGCAGGUGUCGUAAUGUGAGGCGGGCAGCGGUUGUAGACGCCGUGUAGUUGUAAUUGUUUGCGUAUAAUAAGGCUGUGUGGCCCGGUUUGGCGCUACCCGCUGAUAAUGUGAUGCUAACUGACAGCAGCAUGGAGCGAAUGCGCAGAUGAGGAAAAACGCCAGCUCAUUUUCUUAUUUUAGAGUCCAUGCUAGCCGAACGAGCAGCAGUACUGGACCUGACUUUAAUAACUGCGGCCAAAGCGAUGACGACGUCACCCUCCGAGCUCCGGGGGCUCCACGCCUCGGCAAGCCGGGAUGCACUGUCGGGAACCCCGCUGCAGAAGCUGCAGAGGCUGCCCGCGGUGCCCGGGAACCUCCCCAACCGAGUGAACGACCUGCUGCUCCUGCGGCCUGACCCGGAGGAGCAGGAAAAGAGCAACAACCGGCACGUGGUGUUUUUUCACGGGGAUAUUCAGAACUUCCAGGAGGAGAUGGCGCUGCAGCCUGAGGGUGCCCAGUGGCUCUCCUGGAGCCUGGAGAGGGUCGCCUUCACUCUGGGCUGCCGUUUCCCUGAUAGACACGUGUGGGUGGUGAGAGCCUCGCGCAUGUACCUGCACAAGUUCAGCUGCUACCAGAACUUUGUGGAGAGCAACAUGUUCGGGGCUCCGGAGCACUCUCCAUACUCUGCUGACUCUGGAGCGUUUCACCACCUCAGGGCCCUGCUGAGCCACGGCAUGGAGCGAGCCAGCCUGCCAGACCCGCUCCAACCACAGGGCGGCGCUGACAGCAUCCCCUCAGGCUUCUCCUUGACCCUGGUGGGCUUCAGCAAAGGCUGCGUGGUCCUGAACCAGAUGGUGUACGAGCUGCCCGGGGCCCGUGCUGAUCCGCAGAUGUCACCCUUCGUCAAGCACAUCUCUGACAUGUUCUGGCUGGAUGGUGGCCACCCGGGGGGCAGUGAGACCUGGGUGACAGACAAGCAGGUCCUGAAGGAGCUGGCCGGCAGCGGCGUGUCGAUCCAUGCCCACGUGACCCCUUACGAGGUGUGUGACCCGAUGCGGGCCUGGGUGGGCCGCGAGCACGGACACUUCAUCAAAACUCUGGAGGAGUUCGGGGCGUGUCCAAGCAAGAAGCUGCACUUCAAGGACGAGCCGCCCUCCAUCGAGAACCACUUCAGGGUCAUCCAGGAGUUUUGAGCGCUUUAUGUGAUCUUUGUGUCUUAUUGCUGGUCUUACCUCAAACCUUCAGAUUUAAGGGCUCAGAUGAGUCGGAUGCUGGUUUGUUAAACGCGCUAACCCUGAGGUGGGACGAGCUUUCCUCUGUUCUCCACUGUCUUCCUCUGAAAGUCCUUCAGGCUAAAUGAAAGCUUUUCCAUUUGCUCAGACUUUAUGUUGCUGCCGAGCUGCUGGUUAAUAUCCGGUUAGUUUCUCUAACUCAACUUGUUUGCGUGUUUAGCUGCAGCAGAAAAGCUUCUUACAUUCUUUCUAUACCUGCACUAGCAUUGAGCUCAUUUUAGACACAUGAAUGUUUGAGAAUCCGGUCUCCGGGUGGACGUCAUCAGCAGGAAUAUCUGCUGAUUGUGUUUUAACUGUAAUGAAAUAACAAGCAGACACUUAAAAUGUUUGAGUUCAUUCCUUCAGUUUGAUGCUGAUGGUGGAUUUCCAUCAAUGACGAGUCAGAAAAAGGACAAAAAAGCAGUUUAGAUUUAUAUUUUUAAGAUAAGACACUGCAGGCUAACAGAACUGUUCACUUCUUGAAGCCAUUGAAGUUCCAAAACCAGACUUUAAAAAAAAAAAAAAAAUCUUAAUUAAGAUUAAUUAUCUCACAACGAGUUAUGUGUGUAAAUUGCAGACUGCUUAAAAAAAAAAGUGCCUGCAGCGUCUCCUCUUAAAUCGCUGCAGUACGUUUUAUUCUGACACACAGUCACUUCAAGGUGUGUUCACUACGUAUUCUGGAGCCGUCACAUUUCACAUGGUCUUCAUCAGCACAGGAUGUUCUGCUGAUGAAGACCAUGGGGUUCAUAGGUCAGCUCUGUCAUCACGUUUGGAAAUCAACUUUUAAACGGUACAACUAUAACAACAACCAAAAACUUUCAUAUUUUACUGUAAAUGUUUUUAAAAUAUCA